UAGGCAACCUGCAGCGCUGUGCGAUAGGGAUAUUGUGUGCCUAUUAUGUUAUGUUUGGCACUGCAUAGCCAUAGCACAGGACAGACCGUCAAUCAUAUGAUUUAGUGCCAGUAAUUGCAGUGCAUUUCUACCGUUCAGUCGACCACUCAGUCGUUGCACUCAUUGUUACCGCGAUUGCCGACAGAUUAAGAGUAAUGCUUUGAUUAUGUAUUACACGACACAUGUGUGGCAUUUGGCGUGAGAUGUGUGGCAGUGAUGGACACCAAUGCAGUCAAAUCGAUACCAACGCAUCCAAUGGAGCCAAGUCUGCAGCCAUACAAUCACCGCAACCUCACUGACAGAGACAUGAAUGCCGAGGAGGACACCCCCAAAGACAAUGCCACCACUGUACUGAAGAGGUCGACGUCGGCCGACUCAGUGCUGAUGGCCGACUCGUAUCAAGUGAUCGGCGGCUCGUCUGCGCACACAUACGGCCUCAGGAGUGAUCAGUGCACUCAAACUCCCGAAGAAUGGGAAGAGUCGGACAAAAGUCGAUUCGAUACCACACUUAAAGAGCAUAAAACUGAGUCAGUACAAAAUACAGCUCCUCUUCGACGAAUUGAUGCCAGACUUGUAUCCAACAAAGACCAGAGCACACAGAGUAUUGAAUGUGAUUCAUAUAAAGCGACACAAGCGUUGGUUACCAGUGGCGUCAGUCCCGUGAAAUGGAGCCUAACAAAGUCGGGUCCCAUAACUAUUCCAACGAAACUAUGCGUCGAAAGCAGUCGUUCGGCCAAUAGUCUCGAAGAACUGAAUCAGGAAAUCGAGAAUUUGGUUCUCAAAGGAAUUCAUGGUUUCGACAACCAAUGUAUAUGUGAUAAAAUACCGGAAGGACAUCGGGCGCCGGUGUUCGAGUUGUUGGCCGUUAAGGCACAGAAAAUGAAUUGCGUCGGCAGUGGUAGUGGCGAAGACAGCAGCGAUCUGAGCCAAUCGGAGUCACCCGUAUUCGCCACCGAAAUUAUCUCAACGGCCGAUACCUGUGACACUCAGAACCACAAUAACAACAACUACUCAAUGAGUCCCAAAAUCAACAAAUUUCUCACUCGAGAGCCGCCCGACGGCUGCGAAAAGAUUCGGAUCGUCAACGAAGACGAUAGACUGAAUGCAAUCAAUUGCCAGCCGAACGGCGGGUUCGUGUGUCCGGUGCAGCCCUCGUCCGGAUUCGUGUUGCUUCCGAGCCGGAGCUCAGCGUUUCUGCCAAUCUUCAAACCCAACGAC